AUGAAAUUUUGGCGGUGUGCUAAUCGAAAUUGUGGAAUGCUGCUGCAUACAAUUCUUAAUCGUCAAUUUGUACGGUUUUCUGGGAAAAUAACCGAUCAUUCACAUUUGCCGGAUCCAACUGCAUUCGAGAUUCGAACGUCGAGAGAACGAAUGCGAAAACGGGCCGAAAACGAAAUAUUACCAUUGCGGGGAAUGGCUGAACAAGAAGUACGAAAAGGUCUCUUAUCUGGUGAAGCUCUCGCAGUUUUACCAAAUAUCCUUAAUCUUGGUCACAAUUUGGUACAACCGUCGAAAGUUGACGCCACCACUUCGACAGUCAUGUUCUCUCGACAUCCCAGAUGUGUACAAAAAAGAUUUCCUCAAUCGUAA